CAAAAGGUAACUGUCUUCUUCAUAUACUUUCAUUCAUCUUUGUGCUUGCGAGUGUUAGUAGAUGUUAGAUCUCGGAAACAUGUCUUUGUCUGCAUCCGUGGCUCUCACUUGUUGCCCUGCUUUUCUCCCGGCGGCUUCAGGGCCUGAAUUAGCCAAAUCCAUCGAUUCACCGGAAAACAUAGCCGGAGACAGCAAUGGGGAACAAUUUCCGGAGGAAGAGGUCAGAGACGUCAAGAUUUCCAAUGGUGUCACUGCUCUUAUCCGGAAACAGAAUCCAUCUGACCGAGCCAAGAAAGGUUUGAUUCUGAAUGAUCAUGUGAAGGAUUGGGUCAAGAGAAGAGUUGCUUCUGGAGUUUCUGAGACGAGAUGUUUCCUCCCUUUUCUUGUUGGAGCCAAGAAAAUGGAGUGCUUUCUCUGCAAGGGAAGAGCACUGUGGCGGUGUGUCAAGUGUCCAGUGGCCGCUCAUGAUAAACAUUCUCCAUGGCCAGAAGAAACACUUCACCUGAAAGACCAGCCAGGAAAAGCAGUUUGUUGGAGGCAUCCAACUGAUUGGCGGCAAGACACAAAGCAGCAUGCAGUUGCGCAGAGUGAGAUGGAGGUCUUUUCCCAGUUGCCUUUGCCAUAUGUUGAAGAGGAGUUUAAGAUUGACUUCACAUGGAAAGAUUCUGUUGUGAAAGAUGAUCCACCUCCUUAUGUGCAUAUUAGACGCAAUAUUUACUUCGUGAAAAAGAAGCGUGAUGAUGCUAACGAUGGUGUUGGGUGCACAAAUUGUGGCCCUACUUGCUGUAGAAGCUGUGUUUGCAGGGUUCAAUGUAUAAGCUGUUCUAAAGGAUGCGGAUGCCCUGAAACUUGUGGAAACAGACCAUUCCGCAAAGAGAAAAAGAUGAAAAUUGUGAAGACUGAACAUUGCGGUUGGGGAGUAGAGGCAGCAGAACCAAUCAAUAAAGAAGACUUUAUUAUCGAAUACAUUGGUGAAGUGAUCAGUGAUGCUCAAUGUGAGCAAAGGCUUUGGGAUAUGAAAAACAAAGGCAUUAAUGAGUUUUACAUGUGUGAGAUUCAUAAAGACUUCACGAUUGAUGCCACCUUCAAAGGGAACACCUCUCGGUUUCUGAAUCACAGCUGCGACCCAAAUUGUGUACUGGAGAAGUGGCAAGUUGAAGGUGAGAUCCGUAUAGGUGUCUUUGCAGCUCGUCAAAUAAAAGCAGGAGAGCCACUUACAUAUGACUACAGAUUUGUGCAGUUUGGGCCUGAAGUAAAGUGUAAUUGUGGGUCUUAUAACUGUCAAGGUAAUCUUGGGACAAAGAGGAAAGAACCAAACCGUUUGGUUGCGUCUUGGGGAGCAAAACGCAGAAGAAAGUUGCACCGACCUAAAGCCCGUUAAUUGCUUCAAGAUUAGCUGCAAAAUAUAUGUAAACAAAUGUGCUUUGAUGGUUUUUCUGUUGUGUACUAAUGAGCAAGAACCUUAUUCUUUUGAGGACCUCCAUGAGUUAGAAACUUC